CAUAAUAUAUGAAAUUUACAACGUGACAUAAUAUAUGACCUAACAAGAGUAUUGUUUACCUAAUCUUUAAAUAUAAUAAAAUGACCAUGUUACCCUUAUCUUCAACCCCUAAAUCCUUUCAUUUUCUCUCUCCCUUUCCCAACACCAGUCUGGGUUCGGUGAACCGAAACAAAUCUAAACGGCAGAAAUUCCCUUUUCCCGUUUCUCUUUCCUCUUCCUUUCCUUUGCCUUCUACAAAACCUUAUACUUUUCUCAGCUGCUGGGGUUCGGAACCCAGCAGAUUUGCACGGUUCAAACCCAGCCAAAUUCGAUGAUAAUCGGCGGCGGCAGCAGCGGAUUAAGAAUGGAUUGGCACCGGACAUGCCCUUGGAAUCAACGGAGACGGAUAAAACAGGAACGACAGAGCCAACAAAUCUUGACCCGACCCAGAAACAGUUGCGAAAUCCUCAAGGACGGAGAUUUAGCACCUCUGCGAAACAAUGUACAACAAGGGUCUCUGGAGGUACAUCGCCACGCAUUUAUUCGACAUCCUGAAGCUUCGGGAAGAAGUACCUGCGGCUCUAAAGCUCAACCCAAAGCUGGCUAAACUGGUUUUGAAAUGCAGUGGGAGGUUUUUUCUGCAAGGUAUUAGAGCCCAUAGCAAGGACUCAGCCAUGAUUCCUGCAAGGCAAGCAUCUGUUUUUAUUUUGGAACUUUUCCUUCUGAUGAUGAGAGGUUGUGAUGGAAGCCAGGUUGGAUUGAACAGGGUUUGAAGGAAGAGGCGGAGAUGGGAGCAAUUGCAUGGAAAAAGGGGUUGAUUAGUGAAGCCUUCUCCUUCUGCACCAAUGAAUGGGUUUGCCCAGCAGGCGAAGAGCAUGAGUGAGGAUGGCGAAGACCAUCAUGAGCAGGUUUAAGCCAGGUAGGGUUCUGAUUUACUUAAAUGUAGGUUCGAGCCAGCGGGUUCAAGCCAAGUUUUAAAUUUAAAUACAUUGUUUGUUUUUACUUAAAUAUAAUAUAUUUGAAUUUCAUCUAAAUAUAUGUAUUUGAAACUUUGUAUUUCAAAGUUAAAAUUACAUAUAUUUCAAAUACAUCUUUUAAUUCAUA